GGAAAUUUUCUGCGUGGGUUAAUUUAUCUGCGGGUUAUUUAAAGCGUCGGUAUUUCCCUCACGUGACCAAAGGUAGAGCUGCUAUAGGUGUACAAUUUUUGAUAUCGGUGCACGCCCCGUCAAAACCUUGAGAGAUCCAGUGCUACCGAAAAUUUAGAAGAUGUCUCUGUUGUGGCGAUUCGUGGCUUGUAUAAAGGAGUUCUUCUAUCCAACUGUUAAAGAACCCCCAGCUUACACAACUUUAAAUCUGGUUGGUGUCAGCGACAAUGUGUUCUGUUUCUCCGAAGAUCAGAAGAAAUUGAAGGACCUGAAUGUUGAAAAAAUUAAAGAUGGCCAACUCCCCUCAAAUCACGCAAAGAUAGUUGUUUUAGGAGAUCCUAGAGUUGGAAAAACUAGCCUGUUAAGGCGUCUUCUGGGUCAAAGCUUUCGAGAUGACGAGCAAAGCACUCCUGGCUUGGACACGAAGUAUGUCGAGGGGAAAAAGGCAUAUGAAUCCUUCGAAGAGGUUGACCGCGGUGAUUCAAUCGACAGAGACACACAGGAAAGUGCCUCGUACUUGGUUGCCAAAGAGCUGAUCCCACAUCCUCCUGUCUGUGCAACAGCCAGUGGUUUGAAACAUAUCAAUGCACAGGAUUUUGGAGCGUGUUAUGUGAUAGCACAUGUUUCAAAGCUGUUGGUCAUGACAAUUCCUUCUGUUGUCCUUUUUUCACUGCACAAUGUCUUGGGGUUUCCACUGAUAUUUAGUUGCGUUUGGUUUUCGGCCUGGGUCAUUGGCUUGCUCGACACUAAAAAUAAUUUCGUUAGUGUCAUUGAUGCAAGCGCCGUUGGCAUGACAAUGGUCAACUUUUUGAUUCGCAAAAAUCCUCUUGCUGAAUGCUUUGAUUGGUUGAAAGAUACAGACAUCUGCUGCAUAAGAGGCAAUUUUUCUUCAUCACAUUGGGUGUUUCUUUGUGAUAUAAUUCACCGGGUUGGAUAUAUUACUCCGGAACACUUCUUUUCCGGAAUAAUUUGUAGUUUUGGUCAUUUGUUGGUGGUUGUACUGGCCGGUUGGACCAUUGGUUUCGUUCUUGGAUUGCGGAUUCGAAAGUGGAUCGUUUUCCCGGCAUUCUUAAUAAUGCUGCCUUCCGUAAAAUCCAACGAACAACAUUUCAGCGUUACGCAUUUAGCGUUUUUGGCAGUGCAUUUUUCUUAUGUCCUUGGAGUUAGUAUUGGGGUUGGUAUUACGUCCAGAAACUACAUGCUGUCAAAAACGAACGCUCUGAAAGAGUUCCCCCGAAACAUGGCACUUCAUGUAGUAACUUUGACUCUAUUUAUUUUUCUGAUGCCUAUUGCUCUGAGUGAGUACAAAGAACACUUUUUCUGUCAAGUUACACUGUCUGGGGGCUUUGGGAUAGUAUUUGGAUUAAUGUAUGCUCUAGCCAGUCACAGCUGCCGAAACCUAAAAAGUUUCUUGUUUCAAAAUUCAGGAAUAUACAGCUUUUUUAUCGGUGUAAUGGCUUGUCCUCUUUACUUGCAUUCCAUUGGCUGGACAGUUGUGGAUCUAUCUGUUCUGGCUGAGCAACCAUUUUGGCUUCGUUUGAUUUUUGUGAUCUCUCCACUCAUAAGACUUGGUAUUGAAAUCCGGAGAAAGUUUGUGCUCAAGACGUUUGAUGCGUGCGGAGUCGAUUUGAUUUCUAUCUCUCGACAUAUGUCCAGAAUAAACUUGAACCUUGCGUCUUUGCCCACUUUCUUAAAUAUUUUAGAUUUUGCUGGUCAGGAGAAAUAUCGUUCGUGGCAUCAUCUUUUUAUGUCCAAACAUGGCAUUUAUUUGUUGGUUUUCAAUUUGGCUCAUGUGGUCGAAUCCCCGGAAGCCCCUGAACGUCAGCUGAAAGAUCUUGAAUACUGGCUUAACUCCAUUUUUGCGCACACCUCUCAUCCAGAUUCUGUUAUCCUCCUGGUCGGUACACACGCCAGAAGUUUUGAUAAAUCUCUAGAAAACCGGGUUAAAGAGUUUGAAACAAUACUGAAACGUAGAAUUUUAUCAAACCCAAAGUACGAAAAGAGGCUGUACACAUGUGAUUUUCCGUUCUUUCGAGUCGAUAAUAAAGUAGACGAAAAUCGUGCAUUCAAACCUCUACGCGAUGCAAUUAAAAUCAGUGUGCGAGAAGCAGAAUUCAUGACCGCCAUAUAUCCCAUUGCUUGGAGAAGCGCGCUAGUUUACUUUUCAAGAUGGUGCAACGAAGGGAAUUUUUUCAUAAGAAAGACCGAAGCAAAGAAUAAUUUCAAUCAAAAUUACCCCUGGUUGAAGGAGGGCGAUUUUGAACGAAUGAUUGACCUUGCAGACAGUCAAGGUCAUGUCAUAUAUCGACCGAAAAAUGGCGUGCUCUCUGAUAUAAUUGUUCUCAAUCCAGAUAUUUUGAUUGCAGUGUUCACCCUUCUGUCUUCGAUCGAUAUCAAAGACGUAGAGACAGAUCCAAAAAUGCGAAAACACAAGAAGGAAGCACGCGACCUCGUAGAAAAGGGCAUUUUGGAUGAAAAUUUGUUUGUGUAUAUUGCAAAAAGAGCCCUUGAAAAAUACUUAGGUCCCAUCUCAGACCCACAUAAGAUGAGUCAAAAUCUCGCAGUCCUAAAAGAACUACUUAUAGCCUUUGACUUCAUUUGUCCAAUACAAAAACAAUUUGAUAGUUGCUUUCUAGUUCCUUCUCUCUUACCGUCAGAAGCUUGUGCAGUUUGGAACGAGGAAGAGUGUCAUGUGUUCUAUCUGGAUUUUAGAUCAUUUGCUGUUACCCCUGUCUUUGACCGUUUGCUUGCCAAAUGCCUUUGUUCUCAAAAUUUUUCUGGGCACGAAUACAGCAGGAGGCCAUCUGUGUUUAGGGGAUGUGGCAUUUUCUGUUCUCUUGACGGUUGUCAUUUUAAAAUUCAGGCCCGCUGCCGAAUACCCCAGCAAAACCUUAUCAAAAUUUCUUUGGAGAAACAAUAUGAUGCCAUUGAAAUUCUGAAGUUUUUGCACAGGGAAGUGGGUCAAAUCUGUAAAAAUGAUUUCCCAAAUGUUCACUUUAUCUUGGGCUUCAAAUGCCAGGUUUUGGGCUUUAGGCACAAGAAUUUUGAGCAAGAUUCACGUGAAUGUCAUAUCAUUCCACUUUGUGAACAACAGCAGGAGUUGUCAUUUCCGGAAAACAGCACUUAUGACUAUUCUUGCGGCAUCAGCAGACAGAGUAAAGUGUGGACUUUCAGCGAGAAUGUGUUACAGCAAGCCGCUGCAAACAUGGGACUCAAAGCAAUAGUCAAGCAACCUACUGAUGACGAAAUGGGUUCGGAGUGUACUUUGUGUGAAGGCUGUGAAGUCACACACAGGAAGAGUGUCUCGGGUGGCGUCCAAGAAAGAGAAAUUUUGACUGAUAAAAUUUUGUACAUAUUAGCGACUGAGCACGUGGGAAGCACGUGGCAUGAUGUUGGAAUGUGCCUUGGAAUUCCCGCGGGAACCUUAGAUCUUAUUGAAAAGAAUCAAGAAUCUCCAAAGAAAAAGAAAUUUGAAGUUUUCCGCCAAUGGAAAAUGUCAUCUAACAAGCCAGAAAAUAUCAAACUUGCUGAAUUAAAAAAAGCUUUCUGCGACUGUAAUAGGCAGGACCUUGUGACGGCACUUGAAGAAUUGAUAAGGAGGGAGGCCAUUGGAGGAAAGUCACACAUCCAGUGAGCUGAGGCCACUUUCUGACGUUAUUAUAAUGAGUGAUAAUUAAUAUACAUGCAUGUAUGAGGAGUAUAUACAUAUAUAAUGUAUAGAUACUAUUACAUUGUUUGUCCUGUUUGGAAUUUUUUUAUAUUCUGCUGGGACUUGAUUGUGUGGAAGUUGAAGAAAACUAAUUGCUGAUAAAUGCUGAAAUUAUCAUCUUUAGUAAAAUAACAGUAUUGUUUCAAUAAUUGACGCUUUUCACCACCGCAAUCUCAUUUGAAAAUACUAGGGGUAGGUAUCAAUAAAAUAUCUAUACUUCGUAUAGCUAAGAUAUAAUAGAAAUAAAAGUAUAUAACUGUUUUUUUCACCAAUGUUAUGUACAGCAAUUUACGAGUUGAUAAGUUGAUAGAAAAAAAUUAGUUUCAUUAUCAAUAUACAUUUAUUUACUUGUGGACAAUUGGCAUUGAUGUUUGAUUAUUUUUAAUUGACUGUGGCAGGUUUACUUUAGAUGUGGGAUUAUCACAUGUAGUAUGUUUUGUAAAAUGGGGACAAAUGUAGGUAUACGACGUACAAAUGCAGCCCGACAGAGUCCACAUUUCUGCAUUUCUUGUUUAGACAAUGGAAAUGGUUUUCUUGGAAUGGCUGUCAAGCACUGAUCAAAUAUAAUAAACUU